UCGUUAAACCUAACCAAACUGCGUCGUCGGCUCUAAACUAUUUCCUGCGACAUAAUAAAAAAGCUUGUGCUUUCAAACAAUUCCAGCUUGAACUAAGCUGUCUUGUCCAAUCUCCCAUUCCACGCGUUUCUUCGUCGCUACAAAAACUUUCGGUUUCUUUCUUCGUUUGAUCUUUUCCUUGCAAAAAAAGAAAAAAAUUAUGGCUUUGAAUGGGAACUACAAUUUGCUCUUGAUCUUUAGGCUGUCACUCCUUUUUACUCUUUUACCCUUGUCUUUGUCUCAAAACGUCACUGAAGCCCCAUCCCCCGCCGCUGAUUCCUGUAAUGGGAUCUUCUUAUCUUAUGCUUACAGUUCCGGAACCAAGUUAAAACCGACGGAUCCGGCUCACCAACCGUACAGAUUUGAGUCGGUUUUAACGGUGUUGAACAACGGCGACGAGAAGCUUAAAUCAUGGAGGGUUUUUGUGGGGUUUAAAAAUGACGAGUUUUUAGUUUCAGCGUCGAAUGCGGUUUUGGCUGAUGGGACGAGUUUGCCUGCCAAUGUUGGGAACGGUACCGUUUUUGCUGGGUAUCCGAUGAGUGAUCUGAAUACGGCGAUUGAAACAGCGGGAGAUUUGAGUCAGAUGCAAGUUCAGGUUAAGCUUGUUGGGACUCAGUUUGGAGUGGCGCCUCCUGAUGUUCCGUUGCCUGAAUCUAUUAAGCUUGCUAAUGAUGGGUUUGUUUGUCCUAAGGCUUCUUUGCAAGGUAAAACCGAGAUGCAAGUUUGUUGUACCAAAGACCCAAAGUUGAAAACAAAUGUUACCAUAGAUGAGGAAUUCCUGCCUCGGCAGAGUGGUGAUCUUACAAUUAUGUAUGAUGUGACCAGAACAUAUGACUCGAACUAUUGGGCACAGGUUACUAUCUCAAACCAUAACCCCCUCGGGCGUCUUGAUAAUUGGAAAUUGAGCUUUGAUUGGAUGAGGGAUGAAUUUAUCUAUACCAUGAAAGGGGCUUAUCCAUAUCUCGUUGAUUCAUCUGACUGCAUAUUUGGCACUCAAGGACAAUACUACAGGGAUCUAGACUUUGGCAAUGUGUUAAAUUGUGAGAGGAGGCCAACAAUUAUUGACUUGCCUCCAACAAAGGCCAAUGAUACAACCCUUGGGUUGAUCCCUGAAUGUUGCCGGAAUGGUACAAUCUUGCCACCAACAAUGGACCCUAGCAAGUCAAGUUCAGUAUUCCAGAUGCAGGUAUUUAAAAUGCCACCAGAUCUCAACCGCUCUGAGCUCUCUCCUCCUCAGAAUUGGAAGAUCAAUGGCACAUUGAACCCUGAUUACCAAUGUGGCCCUCCAGUGCUUGUAAGCCCUAGCCAGUUCCCAAACCCAAGUGGCUUGCCAUCUAAUACGACCGCAGUUGCCAGCUGGCAGGUGGUUUGCAAUAUUACACAGCCCAAGGGUGCAAGCCCCAAGUGCUGUGUAUCCUUUUCUGCAUACUACAAUGAUUCAGUUGUCCCAUGCAGAACUUGUGCAUGUGGGUGCCCCAGCAACAUGGUCCGUACCUGUAACACUAAUGCUCCAGCUGUUCUUCUUCCACCUGAGGCACUUCUCGUUCCUUUUGAGAACCGAACUGCCAUGACCAAAGCUUGGGCUGAUCUUAAACACCUAACAGUGCCAAAUCCAAUGCCAUGUGGUGACAAUUGUGGGGUCAGCAUAAACUGGCAUGUUUAUACUGACUACUCUCGAGGAUGGAGUGCUAGGAUCACGCUAUUCAACUGGGAUGAAACUGCCUUCCCUGAUUGGUUUGCUGCUGUACAAAUGGAUAAAGCGACCCCUGGGUUUCAGAAGAUGUAUUCCUUCAAUGGAAGUGCCUUGGAGUUGAAUGGUGUUAACAAUACUAUCUUCAUGCAAGGUCUUCCUGGAUUAAAUUAUCUUGUGCAAGAAACUGAUGGAGCCAACCCACAGAAAGAUCCUAGGGUGCCUGGAAAACAACAGUCGGUAAUCUCAUUUACCAAGAGAAGUACCCCUGGCAUUAACGUGGCUGCAGGUGAUGGAUUUCCCUCCAAAGUGUUCUUCAAUGGCGAGGAGUGUGCACUCCCUUCAGUAUUGCCAACAAACAACAGUAAUAAAAAGGGCUCUACUACCGUACUCUCAAUCUUCCUACUAGUUCUUGUGUACAUGUUGGUGCAGCAAUAGCUGGAAUGAGCCAUUAUUUUGUUUUGUUGGUCUUCCUUAUAGUUUCUCUCUCGUUCAUGUUGUAUCAAUAGCUGUGAUGAGAGACCACCUGGUUUUGUAGCUAAUACUGAUUCCUUACUUCUUUCGGUGGUUUGAUCAUCACAUGCUUUGUGGCAUUACUACAGAUGCUCAUACCAUGAUUCGUUAUAGAGGUUGCUGUGGAAUUUGAAGUAUAUAGGUUGCCGUUGGGCUUAUUAUAGUGGUCUCUGCAUAGUCAUGAAAGAAUAUAAACACGUCAUGACCAAUGCUUUUAUAAUAUUACUUUUGGCUGAAUGUUAUGUAGAGUGUAGACGACAAGAUUCUUUGUGUUCCUUCAUAUCUUUCUUGGAUUUUCGCUAUGAUUCCUGGUAUGGUUUCGUAUAAA